GCGCAGAGGCAAGGAGCAGGAGAGAGAGAGAGAAAGAGUGUGUGUGAGCGAGUGAGACUGAGAAAGCGAGAGAGAGACAGAGAGAGGGAGGGGGUGAGCGAGAGAGAGAGAGAGAGAGCGUUCUCUCCCGGUGCACUUGGCAGUUAGUUGCGGGCUGCUGUGCUGUUGCUGUCGUGGCGGUGUGGCUAGUCGCGGGGAACUUUAGCACACUGGAGCCCGAAGUCCCACUCUCUCACCUGCGCAGUUCGGAGCUGCCAUGGGUCUCGCGCCUGGAUUGACUAUUUUAAUCAUUCUGUCGGCCUUUCUGCACACGAGUGGCCUAUAUAUCGCCAGUAGCGUAGACUCCCUGCAGCAUGUCCUGGGGGAGUAUGGACUGGUGAGGCCCGUGAGCGUGGACGCAGACGGCCGCUUCCUGUCCCACGCCGUGUCGGCCGGCCGGCCGGGGGUGGGGGCGGGGCAGCCCCAUAGGCGCUGGAGGAGGGAGACCGGAGAGAACGGGGGAGGAGGAGGCGGAGGAGUUGAAGAAAGAGAGGAAAUGUACGAGGAGGAUGGAGGGCCCCGACACAGACAGCUUUACUACAACGUCACCGUCUUCGGCCGGGAGUUCCACCUGCGUCUGCGGCACAACGCGCGACUGGUGGCCCCCGGAGCCAAGAUGGAGUGGCACGAUGAUAACGACAGCAACGGGACAGCCACGCGCUCCGAGCCACUGCAGGGAGACUGUUUCUACGUGGGCGACGUCACAGACACGCCCGGAGCCACCGUGGCAAUCAGCAACUGCGACGGCCUGGCUGGUAUGAUCAGGACGGAAGAGGAGGAGUUCUUCAUCGAGCCGGUGGAGAGGGGGAAUGGAGUGAUGGGGGAGGAGGAGGGAGGAGGAGGGCGUCAACACAUCGUCUACCGAUCCUCCUCUGUGAAGAAAACGCCCGUCAGCGGCCUCGCGGCAGACUACCACUCUAGAGGUGCUGAUCUACCUAGUAUGAUGGACCUGGAGUCCCUGUAUCGUGGUGUGGAGCAGAGCAUCAACCAGACCCGAGCCCAGAGACAGAGGAGACAGAGUCCAGAAAGAGCCUAUAACAUCGAGGUCCUACUGGGGGUGGACGACUCUGUGGUGCAGUUCCACGGCAAGGAAAACGUCCAGAAGUACCUGCUCACACUCAUGAACAUCGUGAACGAGAUUUACCAUGACCACUCUCUGGGAGCCAGGAUCAACGUGGUGCUAGUACGAAUCAUCAUGCUGGGCUAUGGGAAGUCUAUGAGUCUGAUAGAGUUGGGGAACCCAUCUCAGAGUCUGGAGAAUGUGUGUCGCUGGGCCUUCCUGCAGCAGAAACAGGACACAGGAGAUACAGAGUACCACGACCACGCUAUAUUCCUCACACGGCAGGAGUUUGGGCCUACCGGCAUGCAGGGUUAUGCUCCAGUAACAGGGAUGUGUCACCCAGUGAGGAGCUGUACUCUGAACCACGAGGAUGGCUUUUCUUCAGCCUUCGUGGUAGCCCACGAGACAGGACACGUGCUGGGUAUGGAGCACGACGGCCAGGGGAAUCGCUGUGGAGACGAGGUGCACAUGGGGAGCAUCAUGGCCCCGUUGGUUCAAGCUGCCUUCCACCGCUUCCACUGGUCCCGCUGUAGCCAGCAGGAGCUAGGACGAUACCUACAAUCCUACGAGUGUCUUCGUGAUGACCCCUACGAACAUAACUGGCCGUCCCUGCCCAGACUUCCUGGUCUGCACUACUCCAUGAACGAACAGUGUCGCUUCGACUUCGGCGUGGGCUACAUGAUGUGCACCGCGCUGCAAAAGGUGGGCCAGGCUGGAACACAGUACCGGACGUUUGACCCCUGCAAACAGCUGUGGUGCAGCCACCCUGACAACCCCUUCUUUUGCAAGACCAAGAAAGGACCACCCAUCGAUGGCACCAUGUGUGGGGAUGGGAAGCACUGCUUCAAAGGUCACUGUAUCUGGCUGACCAUUGACAUGAUAAAGCAGGAUGGUGGGUGGGACAUGUGGAGCCAGUUUGGGUCCUGUACUCGUACCUGUGGAGGAGGGGUGCAGUUUAGAACCCGAGAAUGCAAAAGCCCCAGGCCUGCUAAUGGAGGUCGUACCUGUCUGGGGACUAACUACCAGUUCCAGCUGUGUAACAGCCAGGAGUGUGAGGAGCUGUACAGUGACUUCAGGGAGGAGCAGUGCCGUAGCUUGGACCCUGAGUUUGAGUUCCACAACAACAAGCACCACUGGCUGCCUUAUGAACACACGGAACCUAAGCAGCGCUGCCACCUCCAUUGCCAGUCCACGGAGACCCGAGACAAGAUCAACAUGCAGAGGCUGGUCCAAGACGGCACGCGCUGCUCAUAUAAAGACCCCUACAGCGUGUGUGUGCGCGGGGACUGUGAGAAAGUGGGCUGUGACGGCGUGGUAGGGUCCUCCCAACAGGAGGAUAAAUGUGGCGUCUGUGGAGGAGACGACUCCAGCUGCAAGAUCAUCAAGGGCAACUUCACUCGCAGUGCCAAGAAACAAGGUUUCCUCAAAGUACUUGAAAUCCCUCGAGGGGCGAGACACCUACUAAUCCAAGAGAUUAAGCCAACCGCACACAUCCUAGCGGUGAAGAACCAGGCAUCAGGACAGUUCUUCCUGAAUGCGGAGGGAGAACUCCCAGAAUCCCGUGCGGUCAUAGAGAAGGGUGUGGAGUGGGAAUACAUGAAUAAUGACCAUGACAAGGAGACACUGCAGACCAACGGACCACUCAGACACGGAGUCCUCAUCAUGGUGCAGUCCCAUGGAGAUGCCAAGGUGACCCUUUCCUAUAAGUACAUCAUCCACAUGGACCUGCUGUCUGCAAUAGAGAACAACAUGCUGCUGGAUGACUCCUCCUUCUACGAGUGGGCCCUGAAGAAAUGGUCCUUCUGCUCCAAGCCCUGUGGGGGAGGUAAGCAGUAUACCCGGUUCGGCUGCAGAAGGAGAGCGGACAGUAAGAUGGUCCACCGACGCUACUGUGAGAACAUCAAGAAGCCUCGCGCCAUCAGCAGAGACUGCAACCAGAAGGAGUGCUCACAGCCCAUCUGGGAGGAUGGUCCGUGGGAGCCAUGCAGUAAGACGUGCGGCAAAACAGGGUACCAGGUGAGGUCCGUUCGCUGUGUUCAGCCCUUAGACAGCGGCAACAAGCGCUCCAUCCACAGCAAGUACUGCAAUGACGACCGGCCUGAGGCACGCAGGCCCUGCAACAGAGAGCUCUGCCCUGCACAGUGGAGAGUAGGGCCCUGGUCACAGUGCUCGGUGACGUGUGCCAAUGGGACGCAGCAGAGGCAGGCAUUGUGUCACACGCGUGACAACACCAUCGGUCUCUGCCUGGACAGCAAGCCAGACACCAUCCGCAUCUGUCGCCUGGCGCCAUGUCCCAGAGGCUCGUCGGACCUGAAUAAGAACGGCAACAUUCUGAUCCAGUGGCUGUCCCGUCCUGACCCAGACUUGCCCUACCAGAGAAACAGCUCACGCAAGCAGCGUUGUCAUGGAGACAGGUCAAUGUUCUGUCGCAUGGAGGUGCUGAUCCACUACUGUGCUCUACCGGGCUACAGGCGCAUGUGCUGCAAGUCCUGCAGCAACGUGACCAACAGCAGCCUGACCACCAGUCUCCCUCCCCGGGUCACAGCUCGCCCGCUGCCUCGCCCCCUGCCUCGGCCUAUGCCUUGGCCCAAGGACAACAACACCCCCCUUCAGCCCACGGCUCAUCCAAGAAGUACAAUGCAUAUACCUUAUACCACGCCGCGCCCGAUGAGCACAACACACACCUAUACAACACCCCACCCAUACUUCACCACAUACCCCAUCCCCAUACACAUGACCCCAGAGCACAGUGUGACCCCCAGAGACACAACCAGAAGUUACCCCUUCUUCACCCUCUCCACCAGCACCAACAUAUACACUACAACUCCCAGCAGCCUGUUCACUGACUCAAACGUUAACUUCACCUUUAUCAGCAAUGACACCACAGUGACCCCCAUUCACAGCUAUGACAUAACAGGGGCAGAAACCACAACUCCCAGCAGCCCAUACUACAUGGAUGAUAUCAUAAAGCCAACUGAAACAAACUACUUUGAGGAUGUGACAUCGCCCAGCAGAACCAUCCCAUACACUGAUGUCACAAUGUCCAGCGGUGGUGAUGUCAUAAUACCUAGUGCAACUGUGCCCUAUGGCACUGAUGUCACAAUGCCCAUUGGAACCAUGCCUUAUGAUGAUGACAUCACAGUGAUGAUUCCUACAGUCCCCAGGGAUGACAUCAUAGAUAUGACUACCCUUGAUUGUCCAGAAAUCACAGAAUACGUAUCUGUGAGCUCCAUUGUUCCCACAACAACCACGGUAGGGCCAACAACAGAGUUAAUGACAGAGCAAAUGACAGCCAAGCCUCCCACAACAACAACAACCAAAAAACCCAUUUGGCCGCUAAGCCGCCAGGAGGAGACCAGCGAAAAUAACUCCAUUGACGUUCUCUACAACCAGAUCAUCGGAGUAGACAAUGUCAUCUCCCAAAACAACCUGAUCCCCAGACGGAGCCGGGUGUUCCUCCGGGAGAGAACACGGAACAAACGCAUCCAGGAACUCCUGGAGGAGAAGAGGAACUUUCUGUUGAGGAUGAAGCGGGCUCAGAGUGGUGCUGCUUGAUGAUGAUAGACCUUCCUUCCUCCCUAACACUCCCUUGAUUUCUCUUAUAGAGAUUUACCUACGUCUGCUAACAGACUGGAGUUAUUAUUUAACCCUUAACCUGCCUUGGUGCUCUCUAUCAGGUACUGACCCAUCACACACCCAGAGUCAUGGUACAGACAUACAGUACCAGUCAAAACUUUGGACACACCUACUCAUUCAAGCGUUUUUCUAUAUUUUUUCGCUUUUCUAAAUUGUAGAACAAUAGUGAAGACAUCAAAACUAUGAAAUAACACAUAUGGAAUCAUGUAGUAACCAAAAAAGUGUUAAAACAAAUGAAAAUAUAUAUUAGAUGAUAGAUUCUUCAAAUUAGCCACCCUUUAACUUGAUGACAGCUUUGCACACUCUUGGCAUCUUCUCAACCAACUUCAUGAGGUAGUCACCUGGAAUGAUUUUCCAACAGUCUUGAAGGAGUUCCCACAUAUGCUGAGUACAUGUUGGCUGCUGAUUUCCACCGGUCUAAGAAACUUUCAAAGUUCUUGACAUUUUCAACAUUGACUGACCUUCAUGUCUUAAAGUUAUGAUGGGCUGUCGUUUCUCUUUGCUUAUUUGAACUGUUCUUGCCAUAAUAUGAACUUGGUCUUUUACCAAAUAAGCUAUCUUCUGUAUACCACCCCUACCUUGUAUUGGCUCAAAUGCAUUAAUUGGCUCAAAUGCAUUAAGAAGUAAAGAUAUUCCACAAAUUAACAAAAACACAUGUCAAUUCAAAUCAAAUUGUUUUUGUCACAUGCGUCGAAUACAACAGGUUUAGACCCUACAGUGAAAUGCUUACUUACAAGCCCUUAACCAACAAUGCAGUUUUAAGAAAAAUCCCUAAAAAAAUAAGAAAUAAAAGUAACAAAUAAUUAUUAAAGAGCAGCAGUAAAAUAACAAUAGUGAGGCUGUAUACUGGGGGUACCGGUACAGAGUCAAUGUGCGGGGGCACCAGUUAGUCGAGGUAAUUGAGGUAAUAUGUACAUGUAGGUAGAGUUAAUAAAGUGGCGAUGCAUAGAUAAUAAACAAAGAGUAGCAGCAGUGUAAAAGAGAGGGGGUCAUUUGAAUAGUCGGGGAAGCCAUUUGAUUAGAUGUUAUGGCUUGGGGGUAGAAGCUGUUUAGAAGCUGUUAGUUUGCUGGUGAUGUGGACACCAUGGAACUUGAAACUCUCAACCUGCUCCAAUACAGCCCCAUCGAUGAGAAUUGGUGUGUGCUCAGUCCUCCUUUUCCUGUAGUCCACAAUCAUCUCCUUUGUCUUGAUCACGUUGAGGGAGCGGUUGUUGUCCUGGCACCACAUGGCCAGGUCUCUGACCUCCUCCCUAUAGGCUAUAUUGUUGUUGUCGACAAAUUGAAUGAUGGUGUUGGAGUCGUUCCUGGCCGUGCAGUCAUGUGUGAACAGGGAGUACAGGAGGGGACUGAGCACGUACCCCUGAGGGGCCCCCGUGUUGAGGAUGAACGCAUGGCGGAUGUGUUUUUACCUACGCUUUCCACCUGGGGGUGGCCCAUCAGGAAGUCCAGGAUCAAGUUGCAGAAGGAGGUGCUUAGUCCCAGGGUCCUUAGCUUAGUGAUGAGCGUUGAGGGCACUAUGGUGUUGAACACUGAGCUGUAGUCAAUUAAUAGCAUUCUCACAUACUGUAGGUGUUCCUUUUGUCCAGGUGUGAAAGAGCAGUGUGGAGUGCAAUAGAGAUUGCAUUAUCUGUGGAUCUGUUGGGGCGGUAUGCAAAUUGGAGUGGGUCUACAGUUUCUGGGAUAAUGGUGUGGACGUGAGCCAUGACCAGCCUUUCAAAGCACUUCAUGGCUACAGACGUGAGUGUUAUGGGUCGGUAGUCAUUCAGGCAGCUUACCUUAGUGUUCUAGCGCACAGGGACUAUAGUGGUCUGCUUGAAACAUGUUGGUAUUGCAGACUCAGACAGGGAGAAAUUGAAAAUGUCAGUGAAGACACUUGCCAGUUGUUCAGCACAUGCUCGGAGUACACGUCCUGGUAAUUCGUCUGGCCCUGCGGCCUUGUGAAUGUUGACCUGUUCAAAGGUCUUCCUCACAUCGGCUAUGGAGAGUGUGAUCACACAGUAUGGGGACGCCGUCAUCGAUGCUCUUAUUGAUGAAGCCAGUGAUUGAUGUGGUGUACUCCUCAGUGCCAGCGUAAAAAUCCCUGAACAUAUUCCAGUCUGAGCUAGCAAAACAGUAUUGUAGCUUAGCAUCUGCUUCAUCUGAACACUUAAUUAUUGACCGAGUCAGUGCUUCCUGCUUUAGUUUUUGUUUGUAAGCAGGAAUCAGGAGGAUAGAAUUAUGGUCAGAUUUGACAAAUGGAGGGUGAGGGAGAGCUUUGUACGCAUCUCUGUGUGUGGAGUAAAGGUGGUCUAGAGUGUUUUCCCUCUGGUUGCACAUUUAACAUGCUGGUAGAAAUUAGGUCAAACGGAUUUAAGUUUCCCUGCAUUAAAGUCCCCGGCCACUAGGAGCGCCGCCUCUGGAUGAGCAUUUUUCUGUUUGCUCAUGGUCGUAUACAGCUCAUUGAGUGCAGUCUUAGUGCCAGCAUUGGUUUGUGGUGGUAAAUAGACAGCUACAAAGAAUAUAGAUACUCUCUCUUGGUAGAUAGUGUGGUCUACAGUUUAUCAUGAGAUACUCUACCUCGGGCGACAAAACGUCGAGAAUUCCUUAGAUAUCGUGCACCAGGUGUUGUUUACAAAUAUACAUAGACCGCCACCCCUUGUCUUACCAGAGGCUGCUGUUCUAUCCUGCCGAUACAGUGUGUAACCCAUCAGCUGUAUGUUAUUCAUGUCGUCGUUCAGCCACGACUCAGUGAAACAGUUUUUAAUGUCCCGUUGGUAGGAUAUACAUUCUUGUAGUUCGUCCACUUUAUUAUCCAGUGAUUGUACGUUGGCCAAUAGUACCGAUGACCACUCGUCACCAGAUCCGUACAAGGCACCCCGAUCUCCUUCCGCGAUAUCUCCGUCUUUUUCUCCUGCGAAUGACGGGGAUGAGGGCCUCGUCGGUUAUCUGGAGUAAAUCCCUCUCGUUCAACUCAUUAAAGAAAAAUUCUUCAUCCAGUUCAAGGUGAGUAAUCGUUGUUCUGUUGUCCAGAAGCUCUUUUCGGUCAUAAGAGGCAGUAGCAGCAAUAUUAUGUACAAAAUAAGUUACAAACAAUGUGAAAAAAAUAAUAAUUGCACGGUUGGUUAAGAGCCCAAUUAAACGGCAGCCAUACCCUUCAGCGCCAUUACACAAAUGCAUUCCAGGUGAGUACCUCAUGAAGCUGGUUGAGAGAAUGCCAAGAGUGUGCAAAGCUGUCAAGGCAAAGGGUGGCUACUUUAAAGAAUCUCAAAUAUAAAUCAUAUUUUGAUUUGUUUAACACUUAUUUGGUUACUACAUGAUUCCAUGUGUUAUUUCAUAGUUUUGAUGCAUUCACUUUUAUUCUACAAUGUAGAAAAUAGUAAAAAUUAAUAACAACCCUUGAAUGUGUGGUAAGGUUGGACCCAGGUGCAGAGAAGAGCCCAAACAAGGAAUCAGUGGUUAGGGAUAAAUAUAAUAUUUUACUGAGAUACGGUAACCACAGGAUCACAGUACACACAAAAACAACAAACACUAAGUCUCGAUAACUCACUCAGGAAACAACCGCACACAGUAAACAAUUCAAGCUUCUGCAAAGGACCACAGAAAACACACCUCUUUUAACAGGGACACAAGCUUGAAAUAAUAGGACACACCUGAGUCCAAUAAAAGCCUCUAGGGCGGUCUCUGCCGCCCUCUGGUGCCAGGAGGAACCAUGACAGAAUGAGUAGGUGUGUCCGUACUUUUGACUGGUACUGUACACACUGACCUAUUUGUUUGCACACACACACAGAAACACACACACCAUAAAGACAGACAGGAAUACAGUCGCAUGGCAGGAUAGAACAAAAACCAAAGCCAGAUGGUUUACACAGUUGUUUUAAAUAAAACAAAGUCCCUUUAGGAUACAGAUCUGAAACACUUUCCGAUCCAAUGCGGAGGUCUGGUUGUAAGGCUGAGAGCAAAGCCAGAUGUGAUAUGGACCGUACAUCCUCUUGGACCCGCACAUUAACAAGGACAACUUUUAUCUAUCCAAACCUCCCCCAGUGUGUUUAAGAGCAAGGCACAUACAGUAAAGAUGUAUUUCCCUUUCAUAAGCAGCACACUCCUGGAUAAUCUCAGGGCGUGAAUAGUUGGAUAUUCAGACCAUUCAAUUCAAUGAGUUAAGUUUCAUUUCAAUGAAGUCUUAUCCCCAGCAGCACUUAAGGACCAUGUAAGCUCAUCCCAAACAGAUCUGACUCACCAUGUUAGAUUACAGCCUAUUACUGCAGUUGAUAUAUCUUUAAGUCACACAGACAUGAAUACCACUCUGGUCCCAUAUAAUGAGACAUAUUAGAUAGCAAGUGUCCCUAUGUGUCUGUGUCCAGGGGUACGUCCCAAAUGGCACCCGAUAGGCCCUGGUGCAAAGUAGUGUGUUAUAAAGGGAGUAGGCUGCCAUUUGGGACGCAACCUAGAGCUUUCUGAAUCAAGAGUACUAUACAGGGCAGACAGACACUCUGCGCUGGAGGUUUGGAGAUAUAAAAACCGAGUAUGCCACAUCAAAACACCAGGGCUCCAUCUCAAUAGUUUAAAGUGUCUUACUCUCCUUUCGGCUCCUUAACGUGAUAACGAGCUGGAAUGGUGAAAGCACAUACCUGGUGGUGAUCCACCGUCGUGCAUACACAUCCCCUGUUUUUCCCCCCCUUCAGAUCAGCGCAGACGAAGGAAAGGAGAUAAGGAGAAGAAGCCACAUUUUCGACUGUAAAGAUGAACCCCCCCCCGAGUAUCUCACAUCCCCCAGAAUAUUCCUUCUCCUGGUUGUGUUAAAACAAUGGAAGCUAGUGGUUUAGCGUUGUGCUGCCAAUGUCCAUGCGUCAUCUAUGUCAGACUCUAUUCACAUGCUUCUUUCUGCUGCUUCUCAGAGAGAGUCAAUGAGUAAGAACUCUGGGGGACUUAUGGAGGGCCAUUGCUGACAACUCUGUUGGAUUAUAUUGGUGCUCUAUUGAAUUGUAUGUAAUUUUUACAAAACGAGGACACAUCUCUCUGGUAAUAUACAGUGUCAUAUGCAGUAGGGGUUAAUAUGAAUUUAAUUGAGGGAAAUCCGUCAUCACGAGCAGGUCUUUGAGUUGAAAUGGUCAGCGGUGGUGCAAUGCUUUUAUCCUUGUUGGUGGUGGUGAAAGCAAUGCCCCCUAAAGAGUCACAGGAACCUUAUCAAUUCACUUGUGUGUAUUAUAUUUUCAAAGAGCCCCCCCAAAAAUCCAAAAAUAUAAAUAACUAUUUGUAUCUACCGCAUAACAAUAGAAGCUUUCAGGGCCAGCUGUCUUGUUUUUAUUGUAUUUUAUUUCGAACAGUUGUCUUAUUAUCGGCGCAAAAGCACCUAGGAAUCUCUCUGUACGAUAUCUGUACAUAUGAAUCAGAACUCAAUGUUGAAUAUUUAUUGACGUUCCAGUGCCUGUGGUAUUUUGCACAUCGGGUGUUGCGCGAUGCUCCUGUUCUAAUGUCUACAAUGAGUCUCUCGCUUCUUUUCGCUCUCAUUCUCUCCUCACCGACCACUAGAGGGAAGCAGAAUAGCACAUGCAGUAAGUAUCUACACACCGUAUACUGGCUUCUGCUUUGAGUCAAAGCACCUCUUCACCUCUCUGCCUACUUCUCUCUCUCUCUAUCGACAGUACUUGUGCUGUGUUCUGCAGUUAAUUAUGUUAACACAUUGUUCUAUAGAAUAUGUAUGCAUAGGAGAUCAGCUCUUACACUGGCAUUGCUUUGAAUAACACCAUAAACCCUUCAGACACGGCUUAUAGACAGAAGUGCACACUCUCACACACACACACACACACACACACACAUACACACACUGUAAACACAAACACAUAAACACAUGCUCACACUCUUUCCCUCGCCGUAAUGUUGCCUAAACACAGAGAACACCUACAUUCAGCUCCCGAUCUCUCUCUCCGUCACAGCCGCAGUGCUUUGUCUCAUAGCAACCUUCUUUCUGUACAUGAGUUCCUCUCUCUAACUA